GAGGGCUGAUUGACUGAACUAGUGAAGUGAAAAAACCCUGAUAAACCCCUACAAACAAUCAAUCGGCUUCUCUCUUCAGGUCUGCGGCUCCACUCGUCUUCCUUCUCUAUUCUAGUCUUCAGCUUUUUGUGCAUUUAUGGAAAUCGGAUCCUGUAUUAAAGUUCGAAACGGAAUCUGUCCAAAAUCAUACGUAACGCGUGCAAGUAGCCUUUAUGAACAACUUAUUCCAACCCAAAACCGUAUGUCAAAGGCUUCAUCUUAUGUAACGCUUCCUCGCAAAAAAUGCACUUGCAAAGCAACUUUGAAGGAAACCAAUAGCAAUAUUGAAGCUGUAGGAAAGGUAAAAGCGAAGGCUUCUGAAGUUUCUACUGAGAUGGAGCUCUCAAGUUUAACAGCCAUAAGUCCGUUGGAUGGGCGUUAUCGUAAUAAAGUCAAGGAUCUAUCCCUUUAUCUGAGUGAAUACGGCCUCAUCUACUAUCGGACCCUGGUUGAGAUCAAGUGGCUGCUAAAGCUUUCACAAAUUCCCGAAGUAUUUGAGGUUCCAAAGUUUAGCAACGAAGCUCAAGCGAAAUUGCAAGGAUUGAUUGAUGGAUUUAGUGAAGCUGAUGCAAUUCAAGUGAAGAAUAUCGAGAAAAUAACCAAUCAUGACGUAAAAGCCGUGGAGUAUUUUCUUAAAACAAAAUGUCAAGAUGAUCCUGAGAUAGCUAAGGUGCUUGAAUUUUUCCACUUUGGCUGUACAUCGGAAGACAUUAACAAUCUAGCACAUGGACUGAUGCUGAAAGAAGCCGUUAAUUCUGUUAUACUGCCGGUCAUGGAUGAUUUAAUUAAUGCGAUGUAUUCAAUGGCGAAAGCUAAUGCUCGCAUUCCUAUGCUUUCUCGGACUCAUGGACAACCAGCCUCACCUACAACUUUGGGAAAAGAAAUGGUGAUAUUUGCUGAGCGGUUAAACAGAGAAAGGCGAGAUAUUUCACAAGUUGAGAUAUUGGGAAAAUUUGCGGGUGCAGUUGGUAACUACAAUGCGCACGUUGUGGCAUAUCCUGACGUAAAUUGGCCACUUGUUGCAGAUCAGUUUGUAAAUUCUCUUGGAUUAAGCUUUAAUCCACACGUGACCCAGAUUGAAUCUCACGACUACAUGGCUAAACUUUUUCAUUCAUUCAUCCGGUUCAAUAACAUUCUACUUGAUUUCGAUAAAGACAUAUGGGGCUAUAUCUCUGUCGGCUACUUCAAGCAGGUAACGAAGGCUGGUGAAAUCGGGUCAUCAACAAUGCCUCACAAAGUCAACCCCAUUGACUUUGAAAACAGUGAAGGCAAUCUUGGGAUAGCUAAUGCGAUUCUUGAUCAUUUAAGCAUGAAAUUGCCUAUUUCGCGUUGGCAGCGUGACUUAACUGAUUCUACGGUUCUGAGAAACAUUGGUGUGGGUUUGGGCUAUUCACUUUUGGCUUACAAGAGUGCACUAGUAGGAAUCGGGAAGCUUCAGGUGAAUGAAGCUGCGUUAAACAAGGACUUGGACAACUCAUGGGAGGUUCUUGCUGAACCAAUACAGACGGUGAUGAGAAGAUAUGGUGUCGAGGAGCCGUAUGAGAAACUGAAGGAACUUACUAGAGGAAGAGCAGUUACCAAGGAGAGCAUUACGGAAUUCAUUAACGGGUUAGAAAUACCAGUGGAAGCUAAAACCGAGCUCUUAAAGCUGACCCCACAUAACUACGUUGGAGUUGCAGCUCAAUUGGUGGAGGAUGCGUGUAGCAGGACCAAUGGAUGUGCUUGACUUACGUUCUUCGCAAGAGAUGCACCUUUUGUGUACUAAAUUUAGAGAUUUUGCAUCUAUUUGCUGCAAUUGAUCGUUAUAUGUCGUCUGGUGGCUGGUAGUGACAUUUUUCGACAUGUUCCAAGAGUUAAAAAAGUAAAAAAUUACCAUUAUGAAGAAAAGCAACCAAUUGCUAAA